CGAUGUUGAAAUCAGCAGCAGCAGUAGCAGCAGCAGCAACGUAGUGUUGAUCAGAGCUGACAUUAAACGCAAUUCCUCUCUUGAAGUGGAGAAGAGGCUUUCCUAAAAAUUUUCGUACAAUAAACAUUUACGAGUUAUCCGCUUAGCAAAAAUGCCGCGCGGUAAAUAUGUCAGUUACAAGGGUCGGACCCGGCACUUCACGAACCCCGAGGAACUCGAGGAGCAACGACGCCAGGAGGAAAAAAAACUCCAGUGGAGAAAAAAUAAAGGAAAUGAUAGCUCCAGUGACGAGGACGAAGAUGAACCAAAAGCACAUGGUGACUCAGUAAAAAAAGGUAGUUCUUCAGGAUCAGAUUCGGAAAGUGAUUCAGACUCGGAAUCUGAAACUGAGGGAAAGACGAAAGGCGUAGAAAACUUAAUCCAAGUUGAAAAUCCAAAUAGGGUACAAAAGAAAGCGAAAAAAUUAUCUCAAUUAAAUCAAUCUCUAGAGCUUGCAAAGCCAGAUUUAUCUAGAAGAGAACGAGAACAAUUAGAAAGACAGAGAGCACAGGCGAACUAUCAGAAAUUACAUGCAGCGGGUAAAACAGAUGAAGCCCGCGCGGAUCUAGCACGAUUAGCCAUAAUUAAACAGCAGCGAGAGGAGGCGGCGAAAAAACGCGAGGCCGAGAAAAAAGAGAAAGAGCUCGCCCUGCAAAAGAAAACAGAACUUAGGCAAAAAGCGCUCGGCAAGAAAUCCUAGAAAUCGUUUCGAAUUCAGGCAAUUUACGAACGAAAGGAACACUUUACGUCACAGCUACUAUUACUAUUAACAAUGAUGAUGCAGUUCAAUCUAUACUUUCAUAUUGAUACAUAUACUAAUUGACUAAAUCUACUCGGCGCAUUCACAGUAAGCGUUUCAUGGAAUGUCCUCGUUUAAUUCAUAAUAAAAUGCAAUUAUUAUGAUAGCUCAAUUGUUUUUCUCUCCGUCGCAAGUUCCACUUAACGUUCUCUCUCUUUAUUCAAUCCCUAAUAGAAAUUUUUAACUGGUAACUAGACUAUCGACCUUGUGCAUUUAAAGAAAAAUUGUAUCGACAGUAAAUAUAAAGAAUAUUUGAACUGUUAUUUCGAUUAGAAAGCACGUAACUGCUUUAAACAUACAAUCAUCCUUACUUUAUAAUGAAUACUUGUGUUAAAUCUUUAAAUGUAUACAGUGCACCCGGAUUAAAUGAUCAAACUAGACCAGUAUGAUCUAUGAGUAAAAAUAAGAAAAAAAUGUUGUACAAUCAUAGUAUCUGGAAACGCUUUAUAAAAAGUUAUAAUAAAAAUACGAAUCCUAAAGUUAA